AAAGAUGUAUUCUAAAGUCAGCUUUUGCAUGAUUACGUUUCUCUUCUUCUUCUUCUUCGUAUUAUCUUCUUUCGUUGUUGCCCGACCACUGCCUACAUCUUCAUUUCACCAUGCUAAUCAACAACCGGAUGAUAGCGGUGAAGCAAACGAUAUGAAGGUGGAGUUGGAGGAUAGGUGCGAGGGAAUUGCAGAAGAAGAAUGCUUUAUGAGAAGAACACUUGCAGCUCACGUUGAUUACAUCUAUACACAGAAAACCAAGCCUUGAAGUUGAAGGCCUCUCUUCAUAAAUAUUUUAUCAUUUAUGCACACUUUGCUGUUAAUAUAUAGUUUUAAUUCAUAAAU